AGGCAGUAGCUAAAAAAUAUGAGAGAAUGUGUUCAAAGAGUAAAUUAUAAAAGAGAGGGGAACCAAAUUAUCUAAAGAGAGAUAACAAUAACUGAGUGCUGCAUGGUCUAAAAUGGCUCUAGUUGAGUUGUUCAACAAAAGUAGAGUCAAUUGGAUAUCAGCAGCAUGGAUGAUCAUCUGCUGUCUUCUGUUUGCUGUUAUGAAUGUGGGAAAUGCAGACAGACUGCUCGGAAAGAGAGAUGAAACGGGAGAGGGAUUCACGAAGAAGCUGCUGCAUUUCUUAUGGCAGAGCGGGAAAUCUUCUUACGAACCUGUCUGGCCUGAAAUGGAGUUUGAGUGGAGGCUGGUGUUGGGAUCUGUGGUUGGAUUCUUUGGUGCAGCUCUAGGGAGUGUUGGUGGGGUUGGAGGAGGUGGAAUCUUUGUUCCCAUGCUUACUCUCAUCAUUGGAUUUGAUCCUAAAUCCUCUACUGCCAUUUCCAAAUGUAUGAUAAUGGGUGCAGCAGGAUCUACAGUUUACUACAAUUUGAGACUAAGACACCCAACAUUGGACAUGCCAUUAAUAGACUAUGAUCUAGCUUUACUCUUUCAGCCAAUGCUCAUGCUUGGAAUCAGCAUCGGCGUUGCCUUCAAUAUCAUGUUCGCUGAUUGGAUGGUCACUGUACUUCUUAUCAUCCUCUUCUUAAGUACCUCCACUAGAGCAUUAUUCAGAGGGAUAGAUACCUGGAAGAACGAGACACUCUUGAAGGAAGAAGCAAAGCUGUAUGAAUCACAAGUAAAACCAUCUGCUGCUGCAGAAGAUGGUUCUUCUGAUCAGGGAGGGGAAUACAGACCAUUACUUGUCAGUGUCUCGAAUAACUCAAAAGAAGAAGAGGUUUCACUCCUUAAGAAUAUUCACUGGAAAGAGUUGUCAUUGUUGGUAUAUGUUUGGCUAGGAUUCCUUCUAGUUCAGAUAGUCAAGACAUAUACCGAACCGUGUUCAGUUGCCUAUUGGAUCCUAAACGCCUUGCAGGUGCCUAUAGCUGCAUCUGUGACAAUAUAUGAAGCUGUAAGCUUAUACAAAGGAAGUAAAGUGAUUGCAUCAAAGGGAAAAGAACUGAACACAACAACUUGGAAACCACAUCUACUUUUUCUUUACUGUUGCUGUGGGAUUGUAGCUGGCAUGGUUGGUGGUUUGCUCGGGUUAGGCGGCGGUUUCAUAUUGGGUCCCCUUUUCUUAGAGCUCGGUAUUCCCCCUCAGGUUGCAAGUGCAACAUCAACUUUUGCAAUGGCCUUCUCAUCUUCUAUGUCAGUUGUACAAUAUUACAUGCUCAACCGUUUCCCAAUUCCAUAUGCUGCUUAUUUUGUUCUAGUGGCUACAAUUGCGGCAUUCACAGGUCAACAUGUAGUGAGAAAGAUUAUCCUUCUACUUGGAAGAGCAUCGAUUAUCGUCUUUAUACUAGCUUUAACAAUCUUCAUCAGUGCAAUAUCUUUGGGUGGGGUGGGGAUAGUGAACAUGGUUGAGAAGUUGGCAAAUGAAGAAUACAUGGGUUUUGAGACAAUGUGCUACCAAUCCUAGUUAAGGAUGAGAUCAUGACACACUAUUUCUUGCUUGUUGAUGUAAAGAUUCAUUGUAACCAUGUUUUUGCCUCUUCAAGCUGUCUGGCUGGCUGAAUGACAAACAAAAUAAACUGUCUGAUGUUUUCAUGGUAGAGAUCUGUCAUCUUCUACUCUAGAAAAACAUCAUCUUCAAUUUUUACUACUACUAUUGUAAAUUUAAAGUUGUUCAAUAUCUACUUAAUCUCAAGAUUCAUGUAAUAAUUAAUAUUUUUUUAUCA